GGCCGGGCGCUGCUUCCCCUCGCUGCCUCUCCCCCUCUCCCCCCGCUCCCCUCCGCUCCGCUCCGUCUCGGCCCGGCCCGGCGGGGACGCCGUUCUCCGCUAUGCCUCCUCCGUGCCCCCGCGGGGCCCUGCCCGGGGCCUUCCUCCUCUUCCUCCUCCUCCUCCUCCUCCCGCUGCUCUGCGCGGCCCCCGACGUUUCGAGAGGAAAUAAGCUUAAACUGAUGCUUCAAAAACGAGAAGCCCCUGCCGCCGUGAAGCCCGAGGUGUCGGUGAAAGAGAAGGCGGCCAAGGAGUUCCUGAGCAGCCUGAGACGCCACAAGCGGCAGCUGUGGGACCGCAGCCAGCCCGACGUGCAGCAGUGGUAUCAGCAGUUCCUGUACCUGGGCUUCGACGAGGCGAAAUUUGAAGAUGACAUGUCCUACUGGACGAGUUUAGGGCGCGGUGGCAAUGAGUACUACGGUGGAUACUACCAGCACCACUAUGAUGAGGAUUCACCAAUAGGCCCACGGAACCCCCACACCUUCAGGCAUGGGGCAGGCGUCAACUACGAUGAUUACUAAUGCCAUUUCUCCUCCUUCAGCUGGUACCUAUAGGGCUGUGAUGGGCAAGGUUGAGUCACAGUGGCCCUGCUUCCCUGCUGUUCGUGUAGAACAGCAAGUGUAAAGGAGCUGCCAGAUUUUGAAAAGAGAAAUAUGACUUUUUUAAACUAUUGUUACUUAGUAGUACACUAUAUAGAAAGUGUUAUAGAAAUAAAGCUUUUUUUUUUUUUGAUAAAAUAAACAAUUUUCCAUUAUUUAGUA